GUGCUACUGGCCAGCUGGAUGAAAUUACCAUAAGUUCCCGGAAACGAAAGACUGCAAGUCAGCAUGGCUUUGCAGAGAUCCAUGACCAGGUUGUGCCGGCGGGAGCUGGGGCGAACGUGGAGACCAUCGCGAGGAUGCGGAAUGGCUACAGUGGUGCCGCCAGUCACAGAGGAUUCAACCGGGGCCAAGGGUCCGACGGCAAUGGUGUUUCUAAACAUGGGCGGACCCUCGACAACGAACGAUGUUGGCGACUACUUAAGCAGAUUAUUCGCAGAUGGUGACUUGAUUCCUCUCGGUCGACUCCAAUCCUACCUCGGGCCCCUAAUUUCUCGCCGGAGAACCCCGAAAAUUGAGAAGCAAUACGCGGAAAUUGGCGGAGGCUCACCGAUCCGCAAAUGGUCAGAAUAUCAAUGUGAAGAGAUGUGUAAAAUAUUAGACAAGAUAUCGCCAGAGACCGCACCUCACAAGCCAUACGUCGCCUUCCGAUAUGCCGCUCCCUUAACAGAAGAAAUGUACGCUAAGCUCCUUGAUGAUGGAUUUGGAAGAGGAAAUGGGGGAAGGGCAGUGGCGUUCACGCAAUAUCCGCAAUAUUCAUGCUCUACGACAGGAAGUUCGCUUAAUGAAUUGUGGAAAUGGAGGAAUCGGCUAGAAGGGAAACGCUCGAAUGGAGGAACAGAGCCGACGGGCGCCAUACAAUGGAGCGUGAUUGACCGAUGGCCAACGCAUCAUGGAUUGGUGGAGGCGUUCGCUCAGAAUAUAGAAGCACAGUUGAAGACGUAUCCUGAGGAUCGGAGAAACAGUGUUGUGCUACUCUUUUCAGCUCACAGUCUGCCUAUGAGCGUCGUCAACCGAGGCGAUCCCUACCCCUCCGAAGUCGCGGCCACAGUAUAUGCGGUGAUGCAACGGCUGAAUUUCUCGAAUCCAUACCGACUCUGUUGGCAAUCUCAAGUCGGUCCGUCCGCCUGGCUCGGAGCCCAAACCAGCCACACAGUCGAGAACUAUGUCAGCCGCGGACAAACUGAUCUCUUGCUUGUUCCCAUCGCUUUCACCAGCGACCACAUUGAAACUUUAUUCGAGCUUGACAGAGAGGUAAUAAAAGAUGCAGCAAGCCCUGGUGUGAAGCGGGUUGAAAGCUUGAACGGUCAUCCGGUAUUCAUACAGGGUCUUGCGGACCUUGCUGCCGAGCAUCUACGAAGUGGUGACAAUUGUUCGCGACAAAUGACUUUGAGAUGUCAGGGAUGUACCAGUGAUAGAUGUCUGUACCAAAAGAAAUUCUUCGCUGGCUCUCAGUAUGGGAAUCUUGUACAAUAAUUGGUGGGUCCUAUGUAUGAUCAUUCGGUAUUAGGAGUUUGAUGACU